UCCUCCGGGGAGCCGCCACGUCUGAGCCCGGCUCCAGCCCCCUCCUCCUCCCCGACACCACCCGCAGUCGACCCGAGGCGCGGCGGAGGAGGAAGAGAAGGGGACAACCCGCCUGAGAAACACCGACCUGCCAUGCUGCUCAGAUUUCCUCUCCGCCUCCUCCUGGCCGUGCCCGUCCUCCUGGUGGUGCAGGGCAGCACGGCCGGCGGCGGCCCCCCGCCCGGCCCAGCCUCCCCCCUGGGUGACCCCAGCUGGGCUCUGGGCCUCCGCCUGUACCGGGCGCUCCGCUCAGACUCCACCGCCUCCAACACGCUCUUCUCCCCCCUGCUGCUCGCCUCCUCGCUGGAGGCGCUGGCUGAGGGGUCUGCGGGGGCCACGGCCACUCAGGUCCGAGACCUCCUGAAGCCCCCCGCCCAGACCGCAGGGCUGCAGGUGGGGGAGUAUCUAUCAGAGGCCCUGAAGAGGUUGACCACAGCCAACGGGACCGGCUUCCACGUGCACGCGUCCUCGGCGCUGUUUUCCAAGCAGGCUCCAGCUUUGGGCUCCGCAAAGGAGAGACUCACCAAGUUCAUGCUGCAGCAGCGGACGCUGGGGAAGGGGGGGGCCGCAGAGGACCACAAGCAGCUCCAGGACUGGGCCGAGGCCGGCUUCGGCCGGCUGGACGGAGCUCCUGUAGAGGCAGAAAUCAAGGCCAAGGCCGGAGCCCUGAUCCUGGCCAACGCAAUGCGUUUCAAAGGCCUGUGGGAGCGAGAGUUCGGCCAGGACGGCACGGAUCGGCGCACUUUCCUGGGAAAGAAAUACACCAAAGUGGUGAUGAUGCACAGAGCAGGCCUGUACCGCCACUACGAAGACGUCAACAACAUGGUGCAGGUCCUGGAGGCCCCUCUGUGGGGGGGGGAGGCCAGCCUCCUGCUCCUGCUGCCCUUUCACGUGGAAACGCUGGGCCGCCUGGAGAAGCUGCUGACCCUGGAGCUGAUGUCCGGGUGGCUGGAGAAGGCCGCCGUCAACAGCGUGGCCAUCUCGCUGCCGACCGCCAACAUCAGCAGCGCCCUCAGUCUGCAGAAGCAGCUCUCCGCUCUGGGCCUGACCGACGCCUGGGACCCGAAGGCCGCCGACUUCUCCGGCCUGGCGGACCACGGCAAGGGGAAGCUUCACCUCGGCGGCGUUCUCCACCGGGCGUCCCUGGAGCUGACCGCCGAGGCCGGGAAGGGAGAGACGGAGCUGGAGGAGGAGAAAGUGGAGAAGCCCAAGAUGUUCUACGCCGAUCAUCCCUUCAUCAUCCUGGUGAGAGACAAGGCGAGCGGCGCCCUGCUGCUGAUGGGAUGUCUGGACCACGCUGAGGGGGAGGCCGUACACGACGAGCUGUAGCAGUCUGCAGCGUCUGUUUCUUCAGUCUCACAGGAUUUUCUUCCUUUUUUUUUUUUUAAGUCUCUUUCCUCUCACAUUCCUUCUCAAAGGCGACACACUGGUUUCCCAGCCGAGACAUUGUCAUUCACCGUUGCACGCUAUCACAUCACACCGCGUCUGGCUGUCACACGUCGACACCGACACAGUCUCCCGAUGAGUGACACUGACACCGCCAAUCCCGACACUCACACGGCAACACCCACCUACACGGCACACACAAAUGAAAAUGCUGUAUGAGACAUUACCGAAGUUGACGGCUAAUAACCCCGUUCUCUCACACGUGCACGAGCACUCAACGAUCAAGUCGACGCAAAACAAAAACGACAAACAAGAGCCGCGCUGACAACGUGCCGACAAGCAGAAGUGGC